AUGUACGGCAAUAAACCUGCGAACGGGCAGGCGAAGACGUCUGUAAACCAGCUCUUCAAGCGUACAGAGGUCAUAGGACGAGGAAAAUUUGGGGUAGUCUACAAGGGAUAUUACAUGAAGACACGGCAGGUUUGCGCUAUCAAAGUACUUAAUCUGGAUUCGGCUGAUGAUGAGGUUGAAGACGUUCAGAAGGAAAUACAAUUUUUGUCGUCACUGAAGCAAGUGCCAAACAUCACACAUUAUUACGGUUCCUAUUUGAACGACACCAAACUGUGGGUUAUCAUGGAGCACUGUGCUGGUGGCUCCUUAAGAACUUUGCUGCGACCUGGUAAAAUUGGUGAACAGUACAUAGGAGUUAUUAUGCGCGAGCUUUUGACUGCUUUGCUUCACAUUCACCGAGACGGCGUAAUUCAUAGAGACAUCAAGGCUGCCAACGUGCUAAUUACCAAUGAUGGCCACGUCAAAUUGUGUGACUUUGGUGUGGCGGCUCAACUAUCACAAACCAAGAUCAGGCGUCAAACUAUGGCCGGUACGCCUUAUUGGAUGGCUCCCGAGGUCAUCAUGGAGGGUGUUUAUUACGAUACUAAGGUCGAUAUUUGGUCUUUAGGAAUAACUAUUUAUGAGAUCGCGACCGGAAAUCCUCCAUACUGCGAGGUUGAAGCCCUUCGAGCAAUGCAGCUUAUUACGAAAUCUAAGCCUCCUCGCCUCGAAGGUCGCCAAUACUCGAGCGCUUUGAAAGAAAUAAUUGCAUUAUGCCUUGACGAGGAUCCAAAAGAAAGGCCAUCGGCAGAAGAGCUACUUAAGACUAAGUUCAUCAAACUGCACAAAAACCUGCCAGUAUCCAGCUUAAAAGAGGUUGUUAGUCGAUACCUUUUGUAUAGAGAUCAACAAGCACAACGAGAGGCGGCUCCCACUACACUAGAUGAUGAAGAUCCUAAUAAGACAGACAGUGUGGAUCUGACUAACGAUGGCAGAGAGCUUGAAAUAAAAUGGGACUUCGAUUCCUUAAGUUCGAAAGAAUACAUUCUGGAGAAUGAUAUCAACAUAGACGCUAUCACCGAAGAAUCUUCUCCUAGCGAGCACUUUAAUUAUUCUUACCCUGAUGACGAUCUGUUUUAUCAUUCGAACAAGAAGCACUAUCUGAAUACCACGAUGGGCAAAGGAUCCUCCAAUGUGACAACGAACAAUUAUACCCUGCAAGCUACUAACAACAACAAUAGCACCACUUACCAAAACACUAAUACAAAUUAUCAGAGUAAGCAAAGUAAGCAAAGCUGGGCUAACACAAGCAAAAAAUCUGAGACUAAGGCCUCCAAGGCGUUGUUACAAUUAUUCGAAGACAACGAAGAUGCUGCAACUGAUGCGGAUUACUCAAGAACUGUACCUACUAUGCCUAAUAAAUCUCAAGACGAAGCUGCCAGAAUAUCAACGCCUUUAGGUGAUCGCAAUCCACAUACUGAUGCAUUUAAAAAUCCAGUUUAUCAUAGUCAAAGCACGCCUGCAUUGCCAAUGCUGCAGACGAACUUUAGUCAGCCUGUAAUAAUGGGUCCUCAAAGCUCUACUGCAUUGCCCACUCCUAUCGAAAUUGAAAUUCCCGAAGAAUUGCCAUCUCGCCAGGAAGGGAGUCUUACGAAGCCGAGAUCUUCGACGGUUUCUGUCCCGAACAAUAAACCUGCAUCACUCCUUCAAAGAAGACCGACGGUUACGGGCGGCGGCGUUGGGCGCAAUGAUUCUUCUGCCGUCGCUAUGAAAGUAAUGCACGAAGACAAACAAAGACAUUUGACCCCCGCUUCUACGAGCAACGUCAAUAAGUCGAGUACCAGAAGUGUAUCUCCGCUAAAAAUGCCCAACGGAUCUCCAGACAAGUCUAAUCCUGUAACUCCUUCUAACAGCUCGAUUCCGCUAGCAAUGAAACCAGUCAUAAAUGAUAAGUCUGAAAUUCUGUUGAAACCGUUAAAUGGAGACGACAAUAAUUCCGGGCGGACCCGGAUCAAUCGGGACUUCAAGCGACAAAAUCCAAAUCUAAUACUUCAAAUGCCCUCACCGACUUCUAUUGUACCUAACAGUCUGCUCGAUAAUUCUAACACGCUUACCUCAAACCCUGAAGAUGCCAACAUCAACCAGUUUGGUUUCAAUACGAGCUCUACGCUACCAGUGGCCAUGACCCCUGUUGUUGAAAAACAUAUCGACCAACUGAAAAGGAAAGUGAGUACUAGUACUAGCGCGAGCGCUAGUAGUCGUAAUAAUAGCAUAUCUCAAGAUAUUGGCUCCGUUUCUCAAAGCUCAGUUGCUGUGGGAUCAAAUUCCAUCAACUCGACUCCUCCUAAUAUGAAUAAUGGCACAUCAACACAUGCCAAUCCUUCGGCUCCCAACGUAGCGCCUACAAGUUCGACGGGAUCGGCAACUAUUACAGCUAGUACUGUGCCAGUAAUGGAAAAACCUCCGAAGUACCUGCAAAUGGACAUGUUCAUAGACUAUCCUGACGAUUCCGUAACCGCUGACGAUGGCAGUGAGCAUAAUCAUGAUCGAAAAUUUUUGGUUUUGCGAGAGCUGGACUCUUUGCUCAAAACGGUCGAGGAUGGUUUCCCCGCAAUGGAAUAUGCACUGAAGGAAGCCUUGAGCAAGAACGACGGACCUUAG